CCCACCAUGGCCCCGCAGCAAACAGGUAGCAGGAAGCGGAAAGCGCCCGCGGUCGAAGCUGGCGCCGGGAGCUCGUCCUCUCAUGGGGCGGCAGCGGACGGAGAGGGGCCGCUGCUGCCCAAGAAGCAGAAGCGGCCGGCGACACGUCGCUCGCUGUUGCACUACCUGAGGGGCCGCGAGGUGGGCGCGGGGGACCGCGCGGGGCUCCGGGGCUUCGAGGGCGAGCUGAGCAGCUACGCGGUACAGAGGCUGCCGGAGCUGCUGACAGAGCGCCAGCUGGCCCUGGGCACCCUCAACAAGGUGUUCGCGUCGCAGUGGCUGAACGCCAGGCAGGUAGUGUGCGGCACCAAGUGUAACACGCUUUUCGUGGUGGACGUGCAGUCGGGCCACAUCACACGCAUCCCCCUGCUGCGGGACAGGGUGGCAGGGCUAGGCCGGGCCCAGCCGGGUUGCGGCAUUCAUGCCAUCGAGCUGAAUCCCUCCAAGACCCUUCUGGCCACCGGGGGCGAAAACCCCAACAGCCUGGCCAUCUACCAGCUGCCCACCCUGGACCCCGUGUGCCUGGGCGACCGCCACGGCCACAAGGACUGGAUCUUCGCCAUCGCCUGGCUGAGUGACACCGUGGCCGUGAGCGGCUCUCGCGACGGCACUGUGGCGCUCUGGCGGCUGCACCCGGACAUGUUCCACGGCAACAUUACCUGGCACAACGAUUUGGGGCUCCCCGUGUACUCCCACAUCCAUCCGAUGGACGUGGAGGCCAUCCCCAGGGCCAGCACCAACCCCAGUAACCGCAAAGUGCGAGCGCUGGCCUUCAGUGGCAAGAACCAGGAGCUGGGAGCGGUGUCCCUGGAUGGCUACUUCCACCUGUGGAAAGCCCGGAGCACCCUGUCCAGGUUACUGUCGCUCAGGCUGCCCUACUGCCGAGAGAAUGUGUGCCUGAACUACUGCGAUGAGUUGUCCCUGUACGCUGUGGGCUCCCAGUCUCAUGUCUCCUUCCUGGAUCCACGCCAGCGUCAGCAGAACAUCCGGCCCAUGUGCUCUCGAGAGGGUGGCACGGGAGUGCGUUCCCUGAGCUUCUAUCAGCACAUCAUCACUGUGGGCACAGGCCAUGGCUCCCUGCUCUUCUAUGAUAUACGUGCCCAGAAGUUCCUGGAGGAGAGGGCCUUGGCCAGCCCAGACGCCUCACCAGGGUGUGCAGGGAGGAAGCUCAAGCUCACUUGUGGCAGAGGCUGGCUCAACCAGGAUGACCUUUGGGUGAACUACUUUGGGGGCAUUGGGGAGUUCCCCAAUGCUCUCUACACCCACUGCUACAACUGGCCUGAGAUGAAGCUCUUUGUGGCUGGGGGGCCUCUCCCUUCAGGUCUCCAUGGAAACUACGCAGGCCUCUGGAGCUAAGCAUGGCUGCCGUGUUCUCAAAGUGCACAAAUUUACCUUUCAGCUCUGUCUAAUUUUCCUUCUUCAUGCUCCAUUUGUGCUUUUACUUCUGUGGCUUUUGUUUUUCAGGUUCAACAUUCUCAACUUAUCUGUUUAGGGUAGGAAAGUACAAAAGAGCAAAGUGGUCCUUUGAGUAAUAAAAACUUGGCAUUAA